AUGGUGGUGCGGCGGAGAAUUGUUGACCGGUUUGGUGAAGUGUUUGGUGGUGCGGCGGCUGAGGAUAGGGUUAGUGACGUGGCUGUUCAUAGCUAUACAGAUAUUGUCGUAAAUUUCGUAUCUCAACUUACUUCUUUUGAUGUUUCCAGUGUCUGCACAAACGUCCUAUUGUUCGCCUGCGAAGAUUACAGUGAGUUGUUCUUCUUUUCGUCAUCUCAGCUUCACAAUCCGGAUGUGAAUCUGUCUCCUGUAGCUGCCAAAUAUCAUAUGAAUCUCCCCUUUGGUCGUGUGACUCAUGUCCGUGGCCUAGUCUGUGUCACAGAUAAGCAGAUUUUAGAGGCAAGGAAAGAAACUGUGCGUGUGAUUUUUAACCCUAGUACAAGGGAAUCUUUAAUCUUACCCAAAGUGAAGACAAGGAAUGUAACGGCCGUGAUGAUAACCUCUUUAGGUUAUGAUCCGAUUGAUAAAAAAUUCAAGGUAUUAUUGUCCACGACAGCGGAAGGUUUUAGAAAAGAAAUGUUUGAAGAGCAUCAUCAAGUUCUGACAUUAGGAACUGGGACAUGGAGAACGAUUGAAUGUUGCAUACCUCAUUGUCGUGUGUUUCAAGAGAUAUGCAUCAAUGGUGUUAUUUAUUAUCUAGCUAUCACUUCGUCUGGGGAGACCGGUAUCCAUAUGAUAGUUUGUUUUGAUGUUAGGUCUGAAAAGUUCGUUUUUAUUAAAACCACGGAAACUUCUUUUUCUACAAGUCUUUAUUGUGGAACUCUGACAAACUACAAUGGGAAAUUAGGUAUACUGUUUUCUCAAGGGCGUGGCCAUGUUUGUGGAAAGAGUAGAAGUAUUGAGCUGUGGGUUCUUGAAAAUUCUGAAAAACAGGAAUGGUCUGAGCAUAUCUAUGUAUUGCCUGCUUUGUGGGAGAAUAUAGUUGGAAACGCCUAUUUAGAUUUUGUUGGAGUGACUCGUGGGAACGAAAUUGUGAUGUCUGCAUACUAUCCAACCUUUCCCUUCUACGUCUUCUACUACAAUAUCGAAAGAAAGACGGUCGUAAGAGUGGAAGUCCAAGGAAUGGAAAAGUUUAAAGAAAAUAGAGUUCACAUUUUUCUUGACCAUGUAGAGGACGUGAAGCUCAUGGGAGUGGUUUAA